AUGUCUUUCAAUCGACUUGUUCAUUUUGAGGAAGAUGGGAAGAUUCACUAUGGUGAUAUGAUCGACUCUAGUGAUGACAAGGGCUUCGAUGUCUUGGAGCUGGAUGGUAGCCCAUGGCUAGGUCUAAAAUCAACUGGUCGCAAGGUCAAAACUGCGAAGGUACUUCGUGCACCUUGCCCGAUUCGGCAUUUACUCACAAUGAAGACGCUGCUUUUAUGCCCCAUUGAGGCCUGUCCCAUCAUUAUCUGUGUAGGGCUCAACUACAAGCAACAUGCAGAAGAAGCAAAGUCAAAGGUGCCAACCUUUCCCGUCAUUUUCACGAAGCCUAGUGAUGCUUUGGCGGGGCCUUUGGACGAUAUCAAAGUACAUCCAGACGCUCAGAUUCAACUGGACUACGAAGGAGAGCUCGUGGUCAUCAUCGGCCGCGAUGCCAAAGACGUCAAGGAAGAUCAGGCUCUCAAUUACGUAUUGGGAUACACAGCUGGGAACGACGUGUCUGCAAGGAACUUUCAACUGCCAGAUGCCUCUGGUGGACAAUUUUGUUAUGCGAAAUCAUUUGACGGUUUUGCACCUGUGGGCCCCGCAAUCUGGUCAACCGAGUCGGUGCCAGAUCCCCAAAAGCUUCAUCUCACGACAACUGUCAAUGGGGAGGUGGUCCAAGAGACGGGUACAAGUGACAUGAUUUGGUCGGUAGCCCAGAUCAUUGCCCACCUCUCUCGAGGCACGACUUUGCGGAGGGGAACAGUGAUCAUGACAGGCACUCCCUCUGGCGUCGGUUACUUUCGAGGCGCCUUUCUCAAGGACGGUGACUUGGUAAAAGUAGGGAUCUCUGGACUGAAGAGAAUCGCAAAUUGGAUCGUCUUUUGA